UGUACCUUUUUCUGUGCUGUUUCAAUUAUUUCUCAGAGCAGAUAGAAACAAUGCAAGCAGCCCUGAGAACCCUUAUUCAACAGCUGCAAGCUCAUCGUCCGCUACAUAUCGAAUCGCCAGCUGAGCAACCACGACGAGCUGGAGUUGCUGCCAUUCUACGAUGUCGUCCUUCUUCACACCAAAAACAACCUGUUGAUGCCAAACCUGCUUCUACCAUUAAAGAAUUUCUAGAUCAACCGUGGGUUAAUGACAGUGAACCUGAAUUGUUGUUUAUCCAGCGAGCCACACGAGCUACCGACAGAUGGUCAGGUCAUGUCGCAUUUCCAGGAGGAAAGGAUGAGCCGGGUGAAAAUGACGAACAGACGGCAGUGAGAGAAACCAUGGAAGAAAUUGGACUUGACCUAGCAAGCCCAGCGUUUUUGCCUGUGGGGACGUUGGAUGCUCGGGAGAUUUCAAACAUGAAGGGCGAAUUGAUGAUGGUUUUGGUGCCACACGGUAAACUUCGGAAGAAUAUGAUGGGGAUGGGGGGUUUUUGGAUGAUAAAGGGGGUAGUAGUAGUAGAAGUGGGGUAUAAUUAAUCAUUUGGGUUUAUGUCGGCUUGUUCUAGUGUAUAUUCAGGUGGUACCCGAUACCCCUCCUUUGACCAUCCAGGAAUCCGAAGUCGCUGCUGUUCAAUGUAAAAUGAUGACCCUUUGCAACAACAACAGAAGCAACAUGAAAGUAAUAGC